GCUUGUGUGUAGUGCGAUUAUGGCAUAAUUGUUCACAUCUGUAUUGUGUUUAUGGCAAGGGAACUGUGCUUUAAGACAGCAGCCUCUGUGUGUGUGAGAGAGGGGAAGACCGCUAUUUGUUGUCCCAGAUUACCGUGGUAUGGUCCUUGUCAAGGAAUAAAGGCACCAUGAUCGCACAAGGCUGAGGAAUGCUGCCUUCAACCUAUUUAUAGGCUACUCCCAGGAAGCAGCUCCAAAUGAACACAGGGAAACAAAAUGGCAAGCAAGAAGAAAGAAAUUCAGUUGCAGGCAGUGAUACUUAAUCAAACUCAGUGGGAUGAAAUGUUGCUGGUAAAAGGUCUAACAGUUGUAGAUGUUUAUCAGGCUUGGUGUGGACCUUGCAAAGCUGUGGUAAACUUAUUCAGAAAACUGAAAAAUGAAUAUGGUGAAGAUAACCUUCUGCAUUUUGCAGUGGCAGAAGCGGAUAACAUUGUGACUCUGCUCCCAUUUAAAGACAAAUGUGAACCUGCUUUUAUUUUCUGUGUGGAUGGCAAAAUGAUUGAUAUAGUGAGAGGUGCAAAUGGACCACUUCUAACUAGAAAAGUCAUAGCAAUAAUAGAACAAGAGAGAAAAAUUGUAGGAGGAGAAAUACCACGGCCAGAGGUUCCAGAGCUUGUGUUUAUAGAAGAGAAAGAAUCAGAUGAAGAACUUGUGGAAGAAAAACCUGAAGAGGAGGAAAAAUACACUGUUGUUAUUAUAAAACCUGAUGCGGUUGCUGAAGGAAAAUCUGAAGAAAUUAAAGAAAUGAUUACACGAUCAGGCUUUAUCAUUCUUGCAGAAGAUGAGAAGAUUUUAACUGAUGAACAAAUUAGGAAUUUUUACCAGAGCAGAUCGGAAGAGCCUGACUUUGAAGACUUUGUUUCAUUUAUGAUGGGUGGACCAAGUCAUAUUCUGAUAGUUUCUGAAGGAACGCAUGCACAUGAAAUUAUGCCUCUGGUAUCAGAACUGGGAUUAAAUGUGGAGGAGGAAGAGGAAGAGGAGGAGGAGGAAGAGGAAGAAGAGGAAGAGGCCUUUUAUCAAGCGGGGUCACAAGAGUUUUUAAAAGUGAAAAGUCCUAAAGGUCAAAAGGCAACCAGUUUGCAAGGCAUCUUGGGAAAUGAGGACAUGUUAAAUUUAUGUGACAUUCAAGAUAGUGUAGAAGAAGCAAGCAGGCAGCUUGCCUUCUUUUUUCCUGAUUUCUCCAAGCCGAAGAAAGGCCCAGCUGUUGAAAGAACACUGGCCUUGAUUAGACCUUCUCUUUUGAGGGAAAGAAGAGAUUCUAUUCUGCAAAGAAUUAAGGACGAUGGUUUUGCUAUAGCAAUGCAAAAAGAAAUUGUUCUGUCAGAAGAACAAGCACGUGAGUUUUACAAGGAGCAUGAAAAUGAAGAUUAUUUCCCAACUCUUCUUGAACAUAUGACCAGUGGGCCAACUCUUGCACUUGCUUUGGUUCGAGAUAAUGCAGUACAAAAAUGGAGAAAUUUAUUGGGCCCAAAGAUUGUUGAGGACGCAAAGCAACAAAGCCCAGAAAGCUUACGUGCUGCAUUUGCAAUUGACAAUUCACCUAUCAAUCAGCUGCAUGGCAGUACAACCUCUGAGCAAGCUGCAAAGGAAAUAAACUUUUUCUUCCCUGUGGAAAACACCCUUGCUCUCAUUAAACCAACUGUUCCUGAGGAACACAAAGAGAAGAUUAUAAACAAGGUAAAAGAAGCUGGAUUUAUUAUAUCCGAAAUGAAAGAAACACUUAUAACUCCUGAUAUGGCAGCACAGUUUUAUAAGUCUCAGGAAGGACAACCCUUUUAUGAUAAUCUUGUGGACUAUAUGACUAAAGGCCCAUCAACGGUCAUGAUUCUAACCAAAGAAAAUGCUGUGGAAGAAUGGCGGGCAUUAAUGGGACCAUCAGAUCCAGACAAAGCAAGAGAGAUGGCUCCUGACACGUUGCGUGCUCAAUUUGCAGAAGAUAUUAUGUGCAAUGCUGUCCAUGGAUCAUCUAAUGAAGACCAUGCAGCAAGAAGCAUUCAGUAUGUCUUUGGAGAAGUUGAUCUGGAGAGCCUCAAAACCAAAUAUGUAUAUGUGUGAUGGCUUUUGAUGAUUUAUUAUCAGCAACAUAUGCCAUACAAAUAAAUAAAGUUAGACUCA